CGGAGCCAGGAGAGGUGGCACGCAGGCGCCCUGCGCGCUGCCGGACGGGGGAGGGACGCGGGGGACGCGACGGCCCGCGGUGUGUUUGGGUUGUGGGCGGUGCGCUCAGAGCCCGGGAAAAGCGGGAAAUGGCGGCGCCGAGCGCGGGUUCCCGGUCAGCCCUCCAGCCAAAGGGGCUGAUGGCUGCUGAUAGGGGGCGCAGGAUAUUGGGAGUGUGUGGCAUGCAUCCUGACCAUCAGGAAGCUCUAAAAAAGAACCGAGUGGUGCUGGCCAAACAGCUGUUGCUGAGCGAGCUGUUAGAACACCUCCUGGAGAAGGACAUUAUCACCUUGGAAAUGAGGGAGCACAUUCAGGCCAAGGCGGGCAGUUUCGGCCAGAAUGUGGAACUCCUCAACUUGCUGCCCAAGAGGGGCCCCCAGGCUUUUGAUGCCUUCUGUGUGGCCCUGAGGGAGACCAAGCAGGGUCACCUUGAGGAUCUGUUGCUCAGAACCCUGUCUGGUCCUCAGCCUGUACUCCCACCGUUGAGCUGCGACUACAACUUGAGUCUCCCUUUCCCGGUGUGUGAGUCCUGUUCCCCCCGCAAGCAGCCCCGCCUGUCUCCAGAUACAGUGGAGCACUCCCUGGACCACGGAGAUGGUCCUCCCUGCCUUCAGGUGAAGCCCUGCACUCCCGAGUUUUAUCAAAAGCACUACCAGCAGGCCUAUAGGUUGCAGUCUCGGCCGCGUGGCCUGGCACUGGUGCUGAGCAACGUGCACUUCACUGGAGAGAAAGACCUGGAGUUCCGCUCUGGAGGGGAUGUGGACCGCAGCACUCUAGUCACCCUCUUCAAGCUCUUGGGCUACAGAGUUCAUGUUCUUCUUGACCAGACCGCACAGGAAAUGCAAGAGAAACUCCAGAAUUUUGCCCAGUUACCCGCUCACCGUGUCACUGACUCCUGCAUAGUGGCGCUCCUCUCCCACGGCGUGGAGGGUGGCGUCUAUGGCGUGGACGGCAAACUGCUUCAGCUACAAGAGGUUUUUCGGCUCUUUGACAAUGCCAACUGCCCGAACCUACAGAACAAACCGAAAAUGUUCUUCAUCCAGGCCUGCCGUGGAGGUGCUAUUGGAUCCCUUGGGCACCUCCUUCUGUUCACUGCUGCCACCGCCUCUCUUGCUCUGUAAGUGUCUCCCAAUGCAUGGGGUGUGCUGGGACUUGGGCAGCCCGUGGCUCUCAGGUUGGUCAGCUGUCUGUGCACCGCCGCAUCCUGGUCUCAAGACGCUCUUUCCCAGUGUCUUCGCCUUCUUUCCUGAGAACGCUUCCUUUUUUCUGUGCUUACUAAUGCUGAUGCGCUUUUUUGUUAUUCAUUCCGGUUAAGGGUUUUCCAGCUGUCUCUGCUUCCUAGCCCUCUCACUAUAUCUUCUUCCUCUUUUUCUCCACCUCUCCUCCCCCUUUCCACUUGCUCCUUUUACUUCUUUCUCACCUUCACUCCAUUCUGGCCUCCUCUCCUCCUUGUAUCACUCACGUGUCACGCAGGAGAGCGGAGCAGAAGCCCCACGUCAGCCUUCCGUGAGCUGCUGCCCUCCCUCCUCUUUCUUGCAUGCUGUCUCUUUUACCCCGUGAAGAGCCAGGGCUCCCUGCCUGGGCUCAGAAGAUGUGCGGGCGUGUUUCUCAUCUUGGGGGAAAACUAAUAAUGAAAAACUCUAAAUGUGGAGUCACAUUCCGCCUCUACCACUGACUAGCUUUGUCAAGUUAGAGAAGUUACUCAAUGUCCCUACACUUAGUUUCCUCAGUAUAAAAUGUAGAUAAUCAUGUGACCCACUUCGUAAGGUGAGGUUGUUGUGCUGAGUAAGUGCAAUAGUUUGUAUGAAGGGCUUAUGUAGCACAGUACCUGGCUCAUAGGAAAUCCACAGAAAAUGCCAGCUCUGACUGUUAUGACAUGAUCCGUGCCUUUAAGGGACUUACAGUUUGAUAUAAAGGUCACUUUGUCUAAACAUUCAAAUGUUAUGUGUUUUACGUGGGUGUGGAGUAGCAGAUAGAGCCUUUCAGGGAAUUGGGGGGACUGCAGUAUGACAAGCACACCGAGGUUAAAAGCAUAUCCCCUUUCCCCCCAACAAAAAAGAUGUGCUGAGCAGAAGUAUGCCCAGAUCCAAUUUGAAAACUGAUCAUCUGUGUCAGUCAUAUGUAGUGAGAUGUGGCUGAUCACGUGAGAGAGAUCCCUGGUUAUAAACCUGUAGUCACAGCUGAGAUUUUUGACUUUGACGGAUAAUAGUACAGGGCUGUUGGGAGCUUACGUAAGAAAUAAUGAGAUAAUUUUUUUUUUUUUCAGGACAGUUACCGUGGCAGGGAGCAGUGCUAAGAAAAGAGUACGUGCAGGCAGGAGCUUACUUUUUCAUGUACCUGCUGCAUCCCCAGGCUCAGAGCACUGCCUGAUACAUAGUAGCACUUACUAAAUAUUGAGUGAAGGGGUGGAAAUGAAUCUGCCUAAAAAACAUAGCCAUAAUACAGAAAAUGGAUAUCAGGGUAUUGUGAAAAAAGAACUAUUCAUUGAUGAAUAGAUCUGAGACACAAAGGCAAGAGAGGAGUGUCCUUUCUCUUGAGGGACACAUUCAGCUUGACCUAUUUCCUUUAGGAGGUGUCACUAGCAAACUAAAAUGAAAUAAACAUGUUUGUGAUCAUUUUCUCCUCCUAUGUUCAGAGAUCAUAUACAAAUACUAGACCUGGAUAGGGAAAAAUUGCUCUCUUCUGGGCUAAUGUGAAUCUUUUCUAAAAUUAAAUCCUCCAAGGGAUGACCAGCUGUUCCUUUAAAGUCUGAGCUCACCUGUCUUCUGCUGCAUUUAGUUAACAUAAUUGAUGCCUAUAAAAAGGACCGCCUCACCCCAGUUGAUUGGCUCCUAAACUGGAAUGUAAGCUCCAUAAGGACGGGGACUUUUUCUUCUCUGUAUCCCUAGGGCUUAAAACAAAAACAGUGGCUGGCAUGUGGCAGUUGCUCAAUAAAUUUUUAUUGGAUCAGUGAAUCUUGAUCUUUUUCUGCAGAGAUCUUCAUGCUUCUCUCCCCUUUUAGGCUGUCUUAGGUGUCACAUGGAGCAGGAUAUAUUGUAAAAAGCAUACUUACUCUUUUACCUUUGGCAUGACAAGCUGUGUGUCCUUCUGUCUCUUUUGUACCACUCCCAAAACAGCAGCAUCAGAAAAAGAACGUCUGGGGGUAGAUAAGGCCUGGGUCAGGAGGCUGGGCAUGUGCUCAGGCUAUGUUGGGACUCUACUGCUAAGAUUGAAUAAUAGUGUUCUUUUUACAUUGUGUAGGAGAAAAUUGUCAAAUUAUCCCAAUUUUAAGUUUCUUUAAAUUUCUCUUAAAUUUUGCAUACCAGCUAUAAUUUGACUUAUGAAAUUAAUAAACAACACCCUGGGAACAGCUGUUCAUGCUUAGUCUUACAAUUUGUUUAUUGAGACAUAGAUUUGAUAUUAUAGUUUUCAUAUAGCAUACGUGUAGUAAUCAUAUUUUUGAUUUAUUAACUUGCUUUUCUUUUUUAUAUAAUAAAACUAAAUAAAUCAAUAUUUUAUUGUGUAUUGCAAUAAGGAGCACUUUGAUUUCCAGGUAUAUUGGUAAUUGAACAAGUGAAUCACGGACACAGAUGGCUUUUCAUUCUGUUUACAAGGAGUAUUUGAUUCAGCACUUUCCUGGUCUUACCCAGAGUGGACGAAGCUCAGACCAUGUGUAUGUGCGUGUGCUCGGGCACGGUGUCCGGCCUGUCCUGGGCACCCUCUGCGUGAUCGGUGCACACUGGCAGAGGAAUGGGAGUAAUAGUGUUUGGUUUCUUUUUGUUUUUUUUUUAAUUCAUCAGCCGUAGGUUGGAGGCAACAGCUGGAAAUGGCUCUUCCCAGUCAAAGUCGCAGGGAACUUGGACUUGCCUGUGACAGGCCCAAGAGAGGUGGGAGGAAAUAACCUCUUUGUCCACUGUGUCUGCCUUUGUACAGAUGAAACAGAUCGUGGGGUUGACCAGCAAGACGGAAAGAACCAUGAGCAAUCCCCUGAGUGUGAGGAGAGUGAUGCCGGCAGAGAGGAGCUGCUGAAGGUGCGGCUGCCCACGCGC